ACACCUCAUUACACCUCUCCCCCCUUUCUCAGCGAUUCCAUCUCUGUAAUCAUUCAUCACCCGCUCGUAAGCUUCUUUUUUUAUUUCUACAGAAAUUUACUGAAAAGGGCUAGAUUUUUUUCUGAUUUGACUCUUCUGGGUCUGAUCCAAAACCACCCAACAAUAAGCGUGAACAGAGAUUUUUGGGGUUUGGCGAGUUAGGGCUUUGGGGUUGGACUCAGUAGCCGGAAGAGCUGAGUCACUCUGUUUCUUGUGUUUGAUAAGUGUGACUUGAGUCUAUGGAGGCUUAUAAGAAAUGGGUUAGGAGGAACAGGGACUAUGUUCACUCAUUAGAGUCUCUGGCUAAUGGAUUAACGUGGCUUCUUCCAGAACGAUUUUCAUCUUCAGAAAUAGGACCAGAAGCAGUAACUGCAUUCUUGGGUAUAAUCACCGCAAUCAAUGAACAUAUAAUAGACUCAACCCCAACCCACAUGCAUACAAACUCCACAGAGUCUUCAUUCCCUUAUUCAUUGUGUAUAUCUGCACUGAAGGACUUGGAAACAUUGGUUGAAGUGGUGGCAGAGCAUUUCUAUGGUAAUGAGAAGAAAUGGAAUUUCAUCGCUAUAACAGAGGCUACUAAGGUGUUAGUUAGGUUAGCUUUGUUCCACAACCAUGGAUAUAAGAUGCUUUUGCAUGGAGGGGAGACACCAAAUGUUGAAAACAGUGCAAAUGCUUCAAGUUCUCCACAUAGCAAUGGAGGUUUCACAAAGCCAAGAGGGCACCAUGGCCAUGGUUAUUUGCAGCGUUAUCCUGGACAGAACCCAUGGAAUCUGGAAGGCAGAGCAUUGUCUGCCUUGAGCAGGUUUGGAGACAAUGCUAGGAUGGUUUCUGACCCAACAUGGUUGCACAGAGUUCAACAACAGCAGGCAAUUAUGGAUCCCCCAACUCCAGUGGUUAAGAGGCAUACCCUUUCCUCUAUUCUUUCUGAGAAGGGGCUUCAUGGGGUUUUAUUUGUGAUGGGAGAGGUGCUCUUUAUCACAAGACCAUUUAUAUAUGUUUUAUUUAUUAGAAAAUAUGGAAUUCGGGCAUGGAAUCCUUGGUUUAUCUCAUUGGCUGUGGAUCUCCUUGGAAUGGGCAUUACUUCAUAUGCUACAGGGUCAGGGGAUAAUAGGAAACAUAAACAAUUUCAUAUAUCAGCCUCCGAAAAGGACGAAUUAAAAAGAAGGAAGCUGUUGUGGGCACUUUACCUCAUGAGAGAUCCAUUCUUUAGCAAGUAUACCAGGCAAAGACUUGAAAGCACACAGAAGGUGUUGGAACCUGUUCCUAUUAUUGGAUUUCUCACAGAAAAGAUAAUAGAGCUCAUCACUGGAGCUCAGACGCGGUACACUUACAUGUCUGGAUCUUAAGAUGGAAGCUAAAUAAAGUUAUGCUUUUUCCAGCUCUUCACCUUUUUGUUGAAGUAAUCCCCUAAUUUUUAGGAAAUACUUUACAUUUCUAUUUCACAUUGUUCUCAACUCUACAAAUGUCAAAAGACUGUACCAUAUUUUGUUGGUAUCUGGCAUUGAGUGAGGAGCUGUCUCAGGUCCAUGAUUUGGUGCCAUUUUUCUGCUUUAGAAAUAACAAAUGGCUGUAUCAAAUUCUUUAGUUGAAAUCCAAUUUUGUCUGUCUCAAGAUUGAUGAUUCAGGAUCA